UUGAUUCCAUUACUUCUCUCCACUCUGACACCCACAAACUCCACUCUCUCUCUCUCUUUCUCUUUCUCUUCCAAUGGCUUCCCUCUCGACCUCUGCUUUCACUGCCGUCUCAUCUUCCUCCUCCUCCUCCUCUCCCAAGGCUUCUCUUCCGGUAUCUUCCUUCACUACCAAACCGCUCUCAUCCUUCACUUCUUCAAACUCUUCUCUGAUCUCUUCCAAUCUCAAGCUUUCCUCCGCUUCUCCUCUCUCCAUCUCCUCCCUCCCUAAGCAAUCCUUCUCCUGCAGAAGCCAGGUUGGCUCUCUUGACUCUGAGAAAGUUCAACAACUGCACGUUUACGAGAUCAACGAGCGAGACCGUGGAAGUCCUGCUAUUCUACGAUUGAGUCAGAAACCUGUCAAUUCCCUCGGUGAUCUCGUCCCCUUCAGCAACAAGUUGUACACAGGGUGUAUGCAGAAGCGCGUGGGCAUAACCGCAGGAAUCUGCAUUCUGAUCGAGCACAAGCCUGAGAAGAAAGGAGACAGAUACGAGGCCAUCUACAGUUUCUACUUCGGAGACUACGGUCACAUUGCCGUUCAGGGCGCGUAUCUGACGUACGAGGACACAUAUCUCGCCGUCACCGGCGGCUCCGGCAUCUUUGAGGGGGCCACCGGCCAGGUCAAGCUCCACCAGAUUGUGUUCCCUUUCAAGCUCUUCUACACUUUCUACCUCAAGGGCAUCAAGGACCUCCCUCAGGAGCUCCUCAGCAAGCCCGUUGAGCCCAGCCCAACUGUUGAGCCCAGCCCAGAUGCCAAGGCCUUGCAGCCCCAUGCUACUAUUGUAGGGUUCACAAAUUAAGUUUUGUUUUGGUUUAGUUGGUUGUCAAGAGAGUUUAUUUUAUGUUAGGGGGAAGUGAUUAUGGAGUUAGUGGUGAGGACUUGAGGAAUAAUGUUGAAGCAUGUGUAGGAUUUGUUUUCGCUUUAUGGGCCUACAGAGAACUUAGUGAAUUUCUUAAUGUUGUGCUUGCUUUGGGUUAUGGCUUUCUAUUUAAAUAUGGUUUAUCAAUGUAUAAAGGCCAAUGGGAUAGCACAAAUUCAAGAUGAAUAGUUGUCAUAAA